CUCCUUUCUUCCUUUCUUCCACUUUAUCCUGCAGGAAUCACGAAACCCACCGCCAACUGCGACAUUACACGCCUGCGAUCGAAGGAGUCCCUUUUCGCGAUCUUCUCCCGAGCUCGCACCUCGAUUUCUUUUUAUUUUAUUUUAAAAGUCGUAUUUGAAGACAUAGUGAAAGUGAGAGAGGGAGAGAGAAGGGGAGAAAAAAACAGACGAGAAGUGAAGAAAAGGAAAGAAAACCAGAAAACACCGGAUCAAAACCCGCCUUAAAGCAAAGCAUCACACAAAAUGACCCGCGGCAACCAGCGUGACAAGGCCCGUGAGGCGGCUCAGAAGAAGGCUGCUGCUCAGAAGAAGGGAAACUCGAUGAGCGGCACCGAGAUGCAGCGCGCCAAGGAGACCGCCGCCGAGAUCAUGCGGCAGAAGCAGGCUGCCGGUGACCGAGGCCAGGAAGAAUGCAGAGGGAGCGGGAGGCUCCAAGAAGAAGUAAAGCAGCGUUGUAGAGGAGGAGGAGGAGGAGGAGGAGAGUACUGGAAGGGGCCGGUGGUAGUCUAUCAUUCCCGACGUAUCGUACCUUUUGAUCUCCCCGCCCCUCCGGUUUCCGGUCGCCGUGCGGCGGCGGAUUCUUUCCGUUGCUCCGGGACGUUGAUCCACGCUGCCCCUUCCGUCCGGCUCCUGUUUCAUCACGCCGCCUCUGGCCACCUCCGCAGGGAGGGAGAUGGGUGAGAUGAGUAAGCGCAUGUACGGACGUCGAGGCUCAGAUGACCACGGGCGGGCAGCAGCAUUGUCCCCUCCCCCUUUACCCCCUUUUCUAUGUGCGCGCGAGAAAAGAAUAUCUAUACAGAACGACGACGGCAAAACGAAACAUUCAUCAGAGAGAGUGCGCUCUUUUUCAUUUAAUUAGCGGUACGGAAAGACAAAGGCGCAUGCGGCGUCGGGGGGCGGUUAGGUUGGCCGUGAACUUACCACCGGACAAGAAAUUCUGACAGGAAGAAAAACAAUACACAC